UCGCAACGAUCGAUCAGCAGCGCUGUACCACCAGCUCCGAGCUUGAAAUUAUGGGUAGGUCUCACUGCCAGUCAGCAGUAUAUGCGGCGUAAUACUGGAAUUACUCGUGUUCCAGUUCCAGUCCCAGUCUACCCAGUGCCCAGUGCCCAGUCACCCCCCCGGCCUGUUUACCCGUCCCUCUCUCGCAGUCCCUUGGGUUUCUGGCUGGUACAUUCUCAGCUUUGCUUUCCCCCCCUUCCCUUUUUCCUUCCCAUUGAAACACUCCCUCCAAUCACCGCUCGUCCCCCUCCCAACGAAUUGGUCCUUUUGUCUUCCCUUCCUCCCCCCCUCCUCCUUCUUCUCUCUUCUUCCUUUCCCCUGAUCGUCCUUGUCUUUCCUGCUAAUCCUGUUUCCGUUUGAUUCUUUAAACAGCGGACGUCUAUCGACCCUAUCAACAGCGCGAGAGAUCUCGUUCGCCCCGUCGCCGUCCUUCUCGCAGUCCCCGACGAACCCGUCGCUCGUACUCACCGCGCAGUCGCUCUCGUAGCCGUGACGAUUACCGUCGCAGUGAUCGCGAUCGUCGUUCUCGUUCUCCGCUGAGUGCUUCUGGUGCUGCUGGACCGUCGGGCUCUCCCUACGGUGGACGCAGUAGUUACGCGCCGGGCCGACACACUGAGGAUCGUUCUGCCGCCAAAGAAAAUAUGAUGCAAUCCGUCCGCGACUCGUCUCAACAAGACCGCCGGGUCUAUGUCGGCAACCUUUCAUACGAUGUGAAAUGGCACCACUUGAAAGAUUUUAUGCGACAGGCUGGAGAAGUUCUCUUUGCCGAUGUUUUACUUCUUCCGAAUGGAAUGUCGAAGGGAUGCGGGAUUGUGGAAUACGCUACGAGGGAGCAAGCACAAAACGCAGUCAACACGCUUAGCAACCAAAAUUUGAUGGGCCGCCUCGUUUACGUCCGCGAAGAUCGUGAGGCCGAACCUCGUUUUAUCGGUGGUCCUCCCCGCGGCGACUUUGGCGGUGGUGGCCGCGGUGGCUUCGGAGGUGGAUUUGGCGGCGCCCCCGGUGGUGGGGGUGGUGGUGGUGGCCGUCAACUCUAUGUGUCGAACCUACCAUUCAAUGUUGGCUGGCAAGACUUGAAGGAUCUGUUCCGCCAAGCUGCCCAGCAGGGUGCCGUUAUCCGUGCCGAUGUGCACACCGACCCAACCGGUCGUCCCAAGGGUUCCGGUAUCGUGGCCUUUGAGUCUCCGGACGAUGCGCGCAACGCCAUUGCGCAGUUCAACGGCUACGAAUGGCAGGGUCGUCCUCUGGAGGUUCGUGAGGACCGCUUCGCUGGCGGUGGCCCCGGUUUCGGUGGCCGUGGUGGAUUCGGCGGCGGCUUUGGCGGCCGCGGUGGCUUCCCUGGAGGUGGCCGCGGUGGCUUUGGUGGUCGCGGCGGAUUCGGCGGCGGCUUUGGCGGUCGCGGUGGAUUCGCUGGGGGUCCUCCCGGUGGUGCUCCUGGUGGUGGCUUUGGCGGCGGUGGUUUUGAUAACCCCGUUGCCUCGGUUCCCCCGAACCCUUUCACCGACUUUGCGACCUCUGGGGGUGACAAGAGCGCUGUCAUCUACGUUCGUAACCUGCCCUGGUCUACUUGCAACGAGGACUUGAUCGAUCUGUUCUCGACGAUCGGUAAGGUCGAUCGUGCCGAGAUUCAGUACGAGCCUAAUGGCCGCUCCCGUGGCACUGGCGUUGUUGAAUUCGACAGCCCCGACACUGCAGAGACUGCGAUUGCCAAGUUCACUGGCUACCAGUACGGAGGUCGUCCUCUGGGCAUUACCUUUGUCAAGUAUCUGAAUGUCGGCGGCGCACCUGCGGACAUGAUGGAGGGAGCCGAGCCAACGGACCACCACAUCACCCAGGAUCAGAUCAUGUAAUCUGUUGUCUUUUCUCUUUCUGGGCCCUUUGGCCUUUGGGACGUUUUUAAUUCCGCGUUGAGAUUACUUUUCUUCCAUUCUUCUUUUUGUCGCCUUUUUGGCCAUGAUUCCCUUAUUCUCAUGUCAUGUCCCUUGCCACAAGGGUAUAUCGAUCUGCGGUUUUUAGAAUGGAAAAAUGUCUGUGCUUUGUUGAAGUCCUGCACGUGCGGGAGAUCCGAGUAACCGCAACUUUACUUUUCUCCACUUUGAUCUUCCGUAACUUCUUUCCUUA